UAGCACAGAAGAAGAAGUGCGUGGUCAACAGUUGGUAAACACAGUUGGUAAAUAAGUGUCUUCAGACUAAGAGGACUCUGAUUUGGCUUCUGUUUUUCUUUUUAAUUCCAGUUAUGGCUCGGUCUUCAUUAAUAUGUGUCGGUACCCACGGCUGCUGCUGUCAAAGAUAACAGUGACGCGCCUUGUGAGAAGUUUGAGUCGAGUUUACACUUAGCAUGCAGCUAGCAGGAAGUUAGCAUGCUAGCUGCAGCCGAGACUCUUCUGCGGACUGAUGUCGGACAGACGGGCUCUGGUGGGCUGUGCCGUGUUGUCCGUGUGCGACGCCUGUGUGUUCUAUCCCUGCUGUAAAGGCUGCUUCUCGAGGGUCGACGUCGAGCAGCGGGACACGACCAGGUGCAGAUGUUCCAGGUGUGGUUACAGCUGCCCCAGGGAGCAGGUCGACUCCAGAUACCGUCUCUCGUUGAGGGUGACCCGGGACAGAUGCAUAUUCGGAGUCACAGUAUUCGGAACCUGCCUGAACCCAUUCUUUGGCAUUCCCGCAAGUGGACUACGGAGGAUGGUGGAGAAUGAAGAUGGACCAGUUGGAGCAUCCACCAGAGCCUCGCUGUUGAUGAAGGCUGUCGAGGACUGUUUCAUCGGCAGACAUUUCAUCUUUGGUAUUAAGGUAACCGGAACAGAAAGUCGGCUUUGGCUUGAAGGGCCUGGACUUGGUAGAGACAGAGACAGAGUCCAGUUUAUUGCCAGUCAGAUGAUUCUCCCCAAAGCUGCCGGCCCGGGAGGCUGCACAGUGGCCAGUUAUUAUCGGACCCUUCUCCAGAAAGCUGCAGAAUAUGAGCUGGGAUCCAGUGAUUACUGCAAAACCUCCAGAAUCCCAGAAAAAGCCCUACUGAUGAUUCCUCAUCACUCUUCUGCCAGCGGCUUCAAUAAUACCACACUUUCUGCCUCAGGUCUUCUUUCCCCUUCACUGCAAAGAUCGCAUCACCAAGACAGCACUCUUACACCGACUCCUCCAUGGCAACAAUCACUGGGACUAGUGACUUCGUCCGCAGAGCAGGAGGAAGGCUGCAGCACCCGGGAUAAUGGAGAUGAGAACAGCCGACAGACGGACAACAACAAGACAACACAUUGUGUACAGAGAGGCUGCUUGGGGAACCAUAAAGUCGCAGAGGACAGAACUCUGUCACCUCUUUCUUUUCCAGAGCUCAGUUCUUAUGAUAGUGCAUCAUUUGCCCAAUACACGUACAGGUCUAGUGUGAGAGCAGUUGAAACACCCCCCCUCAUGAACACUUUGUUCAGUCCCUCCCAGCCUGGCCACAACAGGGAUUCACCACUCAGUUAUAAGACGAAGGGGCUUCCUCCUCUACAACUCAAUGAAACAUCUUUGUCCAGCUCCUUGGCGUGGGAGGAUUUGCCUUUCUCCGAGAGUCUAACUGAGUUUGUGUGUGAGGAACACAAAGAUUUUGACAUCGUUAGUGAAACAGAGCCACGUCCAAAUGUGCGAAAUCAGAAGGAAACGGUAAGAAAUGACACAGAAAUAGUAUCUCAAGAAAAGAGCCUCUCAAUUCAUUCAACUUCCGUUUGUCAAAAUAACUCACAGAUAUCAGAGAGCCACUCGUCGAUGGUACAGAAUAUUACCAAUACACUUAAUAACAGAGGUGACCAGGCAGGCAAGAACUAUGCUGGAUGUGUUAAAAAGAUUCAGGCCAGAAGCAAUUGUUUCCAUCAGUGCGAUCAGGAAGACAAGGAAGCAAGUUCUCUGUCUUUUGAUGACAAAGAAGCGCAGCGAGAAGAAGAUGCCUACGAUUGUUCGGUAGAUCUAUUCAGCAGCUCAAUCAUGAGUGAUAUGAACAUAAAGACGUUCAACAUGCAUACAGAAUCUGACGGGAUUACUACAGAAACUUGCCCGCUGCCCUCCAGUCCAGGCACACGGCCAGUGAGGAGUGAACAGGCUGACGUCCCGUAUUCAACACCACACGAACGGAAACCCAAACGGAAUAAAUGCACGAAAAGGGACAGUUUCAUUCCACCUGGCACACAAGACCUUGACUUCCUCCCUCCCGCCCAGUCCACUCCGAUUGUAAAAGUAGCUGUCGUGUCAGGUUCACCUCCCUCUUCAUCCCUCUCCGGUGAAUUCAGUUCACAACCAGACGGUCAAGAUGUGUAUCCUUUUUAUAGUGACCUACCUGAAUUGGACAGUAAAAAGUCAAAAAUCGCCCCUUCUCAUUGUAAACUGAACACUGUCGCUGCUAAGCAGCCGCCCCGGUGUGGCAGAGAGUCUACAAAGGAAAAUCUUGUGUGGAGCGAGACAUCCAUCAGACACGACCACAUAUUGACCCCGAAAAGGCGAUUCUGGAAACCAAACAAGCAUAAAAAUCUCCCGCUGGCUCCGCAGCACCUGAGGGUCAGGAGAGCGGUUCCGAGCCCGGGGUCACCGGUGAGGACCAACCGCAACUGUGACUCGAGUGUUUGCGAUUUGACUGUGUGUGAAUGUGAGUACAGCAAAGUAGUCGUUCCUCCUACUCCUGUUGCUAACGCACGACUGGGCGUGAAGCCAAGGAGAAGGAGGCCGAGCGAUGGCAGCAGCAGCUGCAGUUUGGAUUGUACUUGGAAAGCAAAGCAGGGAGAUGGAGUGAACUGUAAAAGAAUUCUGCUGGAUCAUCGUCUUCCAACUCUCACGUCGUCACGGAGUGAACUGGCACCAGCAGGAAACUGUGACAGUGAGGUGCUUGGUGAGGGGAGUCUGGACACAUCUGACAGUCAUCGUCUCAACGAUGAGAACCAGGCAUGUGAUUGGUCGAGAGAUCUGUUCUCUGACUCGGCCUGAGAGAUGCCCUUGCAGAUGCACUUUACAGAGUGAUCCUGUAAUCCAAAGAUUUUUUUAAAUUAAAUUAUUUUUAAAUGACAGAGUUGAAAGAGUUUGUACUACUGCUACGCUUUUUAUACAGUCAAUGCUGCUUUGACUGCUACUGUUGCUACUAUUCAAUUCUGUGUGAAUACAGCACAAAUCUUAAACACAGAUGAUCGGUGUAGCCUUUCUCGACUCACCUUCUGCUUUAUGCAUUGUAUCUCUGAGCAUAUUCUAAAACAACAGAUUGACUUGGUAUUAAAUGGUUGUAUUGAUAA